AAAUCCUGGCUGUCAUGAACUUGCUGUGGUGCCAGGAAGUUCACCCAAAUGCUGCUAAUCUUACCCCACAAAAUCAUUGUGAGGAUUACAUAUAAUGCAUAUAUUAAGUAAUUAAUAGAGUGCCCAUUAAAUAGUCGGUGUUCAAUAAAUAUUAAUUCCCUCCCUUUCUUUUUCCCACUAGUUCGCUUGUGUUUUUGAUGGGUCAUCCUUUAUCCUGGAUUGUAUUGCAGGACACACUGUGGAUGGAUGGCUGCUGGAAACCCAUUGCGAUAGCCAGCUCUUCUUCAAUACUUAAGGCUUUACCCUGGCAUUGAGUAAUGAGAAUUUCGAAACCAUAUUUGGGAAGUACCUCCAUCCAGUGCUACUUGUGUUUACUUCUAAACAGUCAUUUUUUAACAGAGGCUGGCAUUCGUGUCUUCAUUUUGGGAUGAAGCCAAUAUAGCCAGUUGGCCCAAAGCACCUAGUAUCUAGUUAAAUACUCUGACUGUCAGUCCAGUUUUUCUCUACUAAUGCCUUCAUGGUAUUGGGAACCAUAGAUUUGCACAGCUGUGUCAGUGUAGGUCUUCCUAAAACAGAGGCCAACUGGCAUCAUGUAAUAAGUGAUUUGAAAACAAUUGAAGAUCUUAUUCAAUCUAUACAUAUCGAUGCUACUUUAUAUACUGAAAGUGAUGUUCAUCCCAAUUGCAAAGUCACAGCAAUGAAGUGCUUUCUCCUGGAGUUACAAGUUAUUUCACAUGAGUCCAGAAAUACAUCUAUGACUGAAACAGUAGAAAACCUUAUCAUCCUAGCAAACAGCAGCUUAUCUUCUAAUGGGAAUAUAACAGAAUCUGGAUGCAAAGAAUGUGAGGAAUUGGAGGAAAAAAACAUUAAGGAAUUUUUGCAGAGUUUUAUACACAUUGUGCAAAUGUUCAUCAACACUUCUUAAUUGAAAUUGAUGAUUUCCAGCAUUUCUAAUAAUAAUAUCUUCCUGCUGCUUAGAGACAAAAAACCCCUCAGCAUUUCAAAUGUGCUGCCAACACAAGUGUUUCUAUCGAGAAGAUGAUCAGGACCUUGGGUCAGAUGAACUCUUAGAAAUUAAGGCAGAAAAAUUGUUGAGCAACAGUGACUAUGGACCUCUUUGAGACUUAUUUUUCACAUUUAUUUUUAAUUUAUUAUCAAAAUUUUGCAUAUUUGUUACAAAAUAUAAAAUGUUGGAUUAAAAUAUGUAUAUGUUUUAUCAUUU